AUGAUGGAAGAUGAAGUGCAUACGACACCUAAAUUGCCUCCAAGGAUAUAUAAGUCUGGGACUGAACCAGACAAAGUGGGUGUAAUCAUGCAACACCCGAGCUUCAACUUGGAGCAAAGAGUCGAAAAGGAUAAGUACACUGUGAAAGGUUUGAUGCAGCUGCUGGAAAACAAUGCGUACAGAAUGUCUGCUGAGGAGAGACUUUCUCUUGGAGCUGCUAUAUUGACUCAUGGGAUUAUAAUCGCCAAGAAUCCAAUGAUAAAGGUGCCGCGAGAGAGUCUGCAAAUGUUUUCGAAUUUAGAUAGAUACUCUGUGAGACCUUGGGGGAAGAUGGGAUACGAUGUCCUAUCUGCUAGUAUACGGAGGAUGAAAGCAAAAACAUUUGCAAAACCUCUGUAUGAAGUGCAAGGAUUCAUAUGGGCAAUCACGUGGUGGGCUUUGUUGGCUGUGCAUGCACUAGGUACUACAUUUGGGAGUCAAUUUGAUUCAGGCUCGUCUGCAGGCCCAUUGUGUUUGCAGUGGAAAGCCACUCAGACUCCUAAUAUUUCAGAAGUUUUGGAUGUGCACAAUCAACGAGAUGUAAUCAAUACUGUUAUUGGGGAUCCAGAGGAAUAUAAGAAUCUGGUUGCACCGACAAAUCCCAUUGACAAAGACUUUGCAACGGUGGUGCAACUUGUAAUGCAAGGCUAUAGGUUAAGCAGAUCCGAGUGGAUAGAGGGAAAAGUAGAUGGUGUUUUAGCAUCUGAACAAAUACGGACAAAACAUAACAGACGAGCGGAGCCUAGUAGAACAACAUGUGAGGCUCCUCUCGUGACUGACAGUGACAAAAUUAACAAGAUGAUGGAGAUGCUUAAAGCCUUGAUUGGCUAA